ACGUUCAGCAACAAAAAAUCUACCUGCCCAACCCGAUUCUCACUCUCACUAAAUAAAUAUAUCUCAAUCAAAUAAGCCAUGCUACUAAAUGAAUACAGUUCCAUUGCUCAGGCCCCAAUCCACCACCAGGAGACAGUUGCCAGUCACCACCAGACAACUCCUCCGCACCAGAUUCACCCCUAGCUUCCCUGCCUCCACCUCCAUGUUUCCUGAAUCCACCGCCCCCUGCGCCGUACUCGUCUUCGUUGCCAUUUCCGUCUCCGUUUUGCUCCUAUACGGAGCCGCUGAUUCUCUCCGCUUCCAAUCCUCCUCCUCUGGUUACUCCUUUAACAUCUUCCCUUCUCUCCGCAACAGCAACAACAGCGAUUCUAAAUUAUCAAUUAAUGAUGAUGGUGAUGAUGAUUAUAAGCUGGAGAAAGUAUUGAAAGAAGCUGCGAUGGAAGAUAAGACAGUAAUAAUUGCUACAUUAAAUGAAGCAUGGGCAGCUCCAAAUACAAUUAUCGAUCUGUUCCUUGAAAGCUUUAGAAUUGGGCAGGGUACGCGUAGGCUUUUGAAUCAUUUGGUGAUUGCUGCGUUGGAUCGAAAGGCAUAUAAGCGAUGUAUGGAAUUUCAUGCGCAUUGCUUUGCUCUUGUUACUCAAGGACUUGAUUUUCAUGAUGAGGCUUAUUUUAUGACCCCUGCGUAUUUGGAGAUGAUGUGGAGACGCAUUGAUUUCUUGCGCUCUGUUCUUCAGAUGGGCUAUAACUUUGUUUUCACGGAUGCUGAUAUUAUGUGGUUCAGGGACCCCUUUCCACGAUUUUAUUUGGAUGCUGAUUUCCAGAUUGCAUGUGAUCAUUUUUUGGGCAACUCUAGUGAUAUACAAAACAGACCCAAUGGAGGUUUUAACUAUGUAAAGUCCAACAACCGCUCGAUAGAAUUUUACAAGUUCUGGUAUUCUUCACGGGAGACCUAUCCUGGAUACCAUGAUCAGGAUGUCCUUAAUUUUAUCAAAUUUGAUCCUUUCAUUGAGGACCUUGGAUUGAAGAUGAGAUUCUUGGACACUGCUUUCUUUGGGGGCCUUUGCGAACCUAGCAAGGAUUUGAAUUUAGUUUGUACAAUGCAUGCAAAUUGCUGUUAUGGUUUGGAUAGCAAGCUUCAUGAUCUUAGAAUUAUGCUUCAGGAUUGGAAAUUUUUUUUAUCUUUGCCACCAGCCUUGAAAAGAUCAUCGACUAUGCUGUGGAGGGUCCCCCAAAACUGCAGUCUUAAUUCUCUCCGUCGAUAUGAUUCUCCUGAAAAGAGUGUUCAACAAAGUUUGCAACAAUGAGCUGUGAAUGAUAUGGUUUGAGGAACUCUUCCCCUUUGCAUGCAGCAUGAGAAGGAAUAUGCCUGCCUCCUGAAGAUCUGUGUUUAGGCCAAGUUCUUGCUUUUCUGUGUUGUAUCUCUGCCCUACAAUAUGCACCGAGGGAAAAAUGGUACGGAGUAUGACAAGUUGGGCGGAAUAGUUAUUAGCUGUAAUUUUGCAGGAAUGGUUACUGAAAUUUGAAACAAAAAAUGUUUGAAGGGUGAAUGAAUGCUCAGCUGGAUGACGGGAGAAGAUAAUAAGUCUACACCGUCGCAUUGGUUCUUCAUGGAUUGCGUCGUGAAACUUGGAAACGUAAGCAUUUGGAUGUGACUAGUAAGCUGGCCGCCAGGUGCUGCAGGCAGUCGUCCAAAGAAGUUGAUUUCUUUAUUUUUUCAUGCAAAGGUUUUCAGAAGCUUAUAUCAAGCAAACGAAAUUCUAUGGAAAGAGAAGGAAUUUAGUAAGUAGAUCUUAAUUUUAUUCGGCCAACAAGGUUUCUUGAAAUUUUGCUAAAACUAGUGAAAAUCUUUUUUUUUUCCCCUUUCAAA